AUGUCUCGUCGCUUACACACGACGGAUCUCGGCUGUAUGGCCUGCGAUGCCUUAACCGAUCUCGGCGCCGGUAAGGAAGGCUGGCUCGUCGACAAUCCCGAUCUUCUAAUUUCCCUCGACACCCACUCAGUAGCACUUGCCAAUCGCUCCCUAAUUCUCAUCCUUCAUUGGUCAUCCUCUAACAAUGGCGGGCCUGACCCCGACAAUAACCGGGUCGUCAAGAUUCGACCCGACCUCUCCCCAAUUGAACCUGAGUUAAUCUCCGCUGUCGAGUGGCUCGUCUUCGAUGAUGACGUCAGCAGAGUGCUAGCCGUUGGAACCUCAUGUGGCUACCUUUUGAUUUAUUCUCUCCGUGGCACUCUCAUUCACAAACAGAUCGUGAACCCAGGAAAGAUUCUAAAGUUGAGGGUCCGUGGAACUAAGAAAGAUUUAACAGAAGAUACAUCAUCAGAAGAGGUUUGCGUUGUAAUGCCAGGCGUAAUUGCUCGGUUUGAAGGAUCUGACAUUCAGAAUAUGCUGCAACGAUGGUUUCAAGGGACAGAUUCUCAGUAUUGGAAUGAUUCUUUUGAUAAGAUGGAUCCGGAUGAUUCUGGAAUUACAAGGCUCCCUUACCAGCUGUGGAAUGUUAGCAAAUAUGGACCAUGUUCAGAUGCUGCUAUUACUGGUGUAAUGCCCCCACCUCUGAUGGAAAUCCAGUCAAGUCAACAUUACUAUUGUGCAGUCACUAUUGGAGAUGAUGCCGUAAUUUCAGCAUUUAGACUUUCAGAGGACAAGAGCAGAUCACUAGUGGGGGCUAUUCUGUCAAAAGUUGUACCAGCAACAUUUUCGACAAUUGCUUCAUUUUCGAAAUUGAUAUGGCGUAGUGAACAAAAGCCAACAAAAAAGCCAGAGGCGAAGGCUCAACCAUUUGCUCGAGCCUCUCCACUGACUUGUUUGAAGGAUCACCCAAGGAAGGGUGAGAAGCUCACAUUGUCGCCUACUGGUACUUUGGCUGCAAUAACUGAUUCACUUGGACGAAUUUUGUUGUUAGACACCCAAGCUCUUGUGGUGGUGCGCUUAUGGAAGGGAUAUCGUGAUGCGAACUGCCUAUUUGUGGAGAUGCUUGUCAAUAAAGAUACUGCAGCUUCACAUUCUGCUUAUUAUGGGUACUCAAAGAGUGAUUAUUGCCUUUGUCUAGCUAUCCAUGCACCUCGGAAAGGAAUAGUUGAGGUUUGGCAGAUGAGGACAGGACCUCGACUUUUAACCAUACCAUGUCCUAGAGGUAGCAAAAUACUACAACCAACGUACAGAUUUAAUUCGGCAACGACAUCAUCAUCAUCACAUAUACCUUUGGAAGUAUUCUUUCUGAAUGGAGACUCUGGGCAAAUAUCCGUUCUCAAUCGAACCCUUGAUUGA